GGCCCCGGUCUGCGCGCUCCGCCCGCCCGCCGCGAGGCUUGGGCUCCGGCGCCUGCUGCUCUGUGGGACCGCGGCUCCCGCGCUGCUGCUCGGCUCUCCCCUUUCCAAGCGCUGGCCUCGGCGUCCGCCGUCAGCAUGGACACUCGCCGCGUGCCGCAAAAGGAUCGCAGAGUAAAGAAGAACUUCAAGAAAUUCAGCUAUGUGAAGUUGAUUUCCAUGGAAACCUCGUCAUCCUCUGAUGACAGUUGUGACAGCUUUGCUUCUGAUAAUUUUGCAAACACGAAACCUAAAUUCAGGUCAGAUAUCAGUGAAGAACUGGCAAAUGUUUUUUAUGAGGACUCUGAUAAUGAAUCUUUCUGCGGCUUUUCAGAAAGUGAGGUGCAAGAUGUGUUAGACCAUUGUGGAUUUUUACAGAAACCAAGGCCAGAUGUCACUAACGAGCUGGCCAGUAUUUUUCAUGCCGACUCUGACGAUGAAUCAUUUUGCGGUUUCUCAGAGAGUGAGAUACAAGAUGGAAUGAGGCUGCAGUCAGACCAUGCAGGCUGCAGGACCCGCAGUCAGUGCCGUCAGGCCGGACCUCUCCGGGUGGCCAUGAAGUUCCCAACUCGAAAUACCAGGAGGGCAGCCAACAAAAGAGCAGCACCCCCUAAGCCUUCAGAGAGUUCUGUGACUGAUCCCGGUUCUGAUUCAGAAGACGAAAAUGGCAUGAAGUUUUUGGAGAAAAGGGCUUUAAAUAUAAAGCAAAACAAAGCAAUGCUUGCAAAACUAAUGUCGGAAUUAGAAAGCUUCCCUGGAUCGUUCCCUGGACGGCGUUCCCUCCCAGGCCCCAGUUCACAAUCAAAGACACCCCGAAGGCGUACCUUUCCAGGUGUUACUUCCAGGAGAAACCCCGAACGGAGAGCUCGUCCUCUUACCAGGUCGAGGUCCCGGAUCCUUGGGUCCCCUAGCGCUCUACCCACAGAGGAGGAGGAAGAGGAGGAGGAGGAUGAUAAGUACAUGUUGGUGAGAAAGAGGAAGGCUGUGGACGGCUACAUGAACGAUGAUGACACGCCCAGAGGUCGUCGCCCGGGAGCCAUGACGCUUCCGCAUGUUAUUCGCCCAGUGGAGGAAAUUACAGAGGAUGAGUUGGAGAACAUCUGCUACAAUUCUCGAGAGAAGAUAUAUAGCCGUUCAUUGGGAUCUACUUGUCAUCAGUGCCGCCAGAAAACUAUUGAUACCAAAACAAACUGCAGAAACCCAGAGUGCUGGGGCGUUCGAGGCCAGUUCUGCGGUCCCUGCCUUCGAAAUCGUUACGGUGAAGAGGUCAAGGAUGCUCUGCUGGAUCCAGACUGGCAUUGCCCGCCUUGUCGAAGCAUCUGCAAUUGCAGCUUCUGUCGGCAGCGGGAUGGGCGCUGCGCCACCGGGGUCCUUGUGUACUUGGCCAAAUACCAGGGCUUUGGGAACGUGCACGCUUACUUGAAAAGUCUGAAACACGAAUUUGAAAUGCAAGCAUAAUAUUUGGAAGAUCACUGCCUGCCUUCUGCUUCACCAAGCUUCCUUGUUAAAGUUUCCAAUUUUGUCAUGUGGUUGACACCAGAGUUAAGCAUUGUGAUGGCCGGGCCGGUCAGUUUUAUAGGCAACUCAAAUCAAACUAACCUCUGGACAGACAGGUGUUUCCGAGCAUCGUGGAGCAUAUUGCUAGCCAUGCUUUGUCCCCCUGCCGUUUCGCCUUUGCUUUCCCUGCCCCCCACCCCUCACCCCACACCAUCCCCCCUCUAUUUCCAGUGGUUCUCUGUCUCCAUCUAGUUUCUGAAUUCUUUUCAUUUUAUUUUGUUUUUUAGUUUCUGAAUUCUUUUUAAAUGACGGUUUUAUGAAAGCAUGUUUGAUUUAAUUGGUGUUCAAAUAACCCUGGAAUCCACCUAUAAAACCAAGCACUUAGAAACACAGUAGUAGUGUUAACUACUAACAUUUUUUAAUUCUAGAGACCAGCUUUCAGACUUGUUUACACAAAAAUAAUGGGUAUGAUUCAGUGUUUUGUACUAGUUGGCAUUUUUAACAGAAUCAAGGCACAAAAGUCUUAAAAUACUGUGGAGAAAUGAGGCAAUUGCUGGAAAGUGGAAUAUGUUCCUUUGGGCGCCUCUCAUGAGAAUAUUCCGUGUAUUGUGCUUGUUACACAGGUUGUCGGAGCUGACACUUAGUUGCUAUUUUCUUCCACUGUGAGGUUGGAUGGUGCAUCAGACUCACAGAGUCCAGGACCCAAAAGUUUGUGGGCAGUUCUAGAAGUCAUUGCAGAAAAGGCAUGUAGGCAAUUAGGAUGGCGAGGCUUCAGAAAUUGAUUUGAAUCCAUAGUAUAAUGGUAGUUUGCCAGAUUUAUUUCAAUUCAUAAAUGUGUAAGGUAUUCCAAAUAAAUUCUCGAGCAUUUUUGCAUGGAAAAUUGAUACUAAUACUAGUCUACAAUCCUUUGCAGCUUUUGCUUUCUUGAAGAAAUUAUAAGCUAGGCAUAGGUUCGUGUUCAGCUUUUAAGCACUUGUAGAACAAUGAGAAGUGCCUUUUUGGAGAUGGGUGACUUGCCAGUUUGUUAACUUGGCAUCCCUGCCAUUAGAGUUUCUGGGCCAGAUUCAUAUAUCAUCUCCCUCUCCCAUUUUUUGCAUUAAAUCAUUUGGUGGAGGUGAAAUACAAGUGUCCAUUUUGCUUUGCAUAUGCAGCCUGUUGCUGUACCCAUGGUUUUAUGCAUAAUUGGACCUUGAAUCAAAUGUAAAUAGAGCUUUU